GCGAUUGGCCAGCUUAAAAAGGGAGCAGAGAUAAUGAUGCUCUCGGCUGAGCUAAUGCGAGAUCGGAUCGCCAGCCUUGAGAGGGCUAACGAGGCAGCAACAAAGCGUAGGCAGCGUAAGAAGAAGCGGAUACAGAAGCAAGGAGUACUAACAAAGGGAGCUGGAGAGGAUCUACUCGCUCAGCGCGAGGCUGAUCAGCAGAUUGCUCAUGAAGAGCGUCAGGGAGGAGAGCGAUCAGGUGUCAGCCGCCAGGCUUUGGCGCGCUGCAGCAGGUGUAGAGAGACUGGCCAUAACUCGCGUACAUGUAAAAAAGAUACCUUAGAUAGUACUUAA